AUGCUUAGUAGUAAAUAUGUUGAUUCAAGUGCAACUGGUGAUGCUAUUCAAGAAGGUGAUCAUACUAUUAUGGGAGGUCUCUUUAGUAGGCGAAAAACUCAGUAUGAUCCUAAUUUCUACAAUGAUCCAUACUAUCCGGGCGCACCAACGGGUCUACCAGGCCCGUAUUCCUAUGCGCCCGGGCCUGAUCCAUACGGAGGAUUAGGUGGAUAUGAACCCGAUCCGUACGGUUAUGGUUAUUAUGGAACUGAUCCAUUUGAAACUUACGGCGGGCCCUACGGACGUGGUUCAAAUUAUUAUGGUGGUCGAUAUGGCCGAGGUUAUAAUCAAAUGGGUGGUAUGUCUCCUUGGAACUAUGGUAACUUUUACUUAGGAAAUACUACUAUGCAAAUGGUGCCAUACAUGCAACGAAAAUUAGCCAAAUAUGCUAUGCGACAAGGAAUGGGUGGUUUCGGUGGUGCCUGUAUGCCUAUGAUGCCCUGCAUGCCAAUGAUACCUUGCAUGCCAUCGUGCGCUAUGCCUAUGGCUUCACCUAUGAUGGCAAUCGCAGCACCAUUACCUGUUGCUUAUAAUCCAUGUGUUCAGGGAAGGUAUCCUGUAGUGACGGCAAAUGCAGCCAAUUUCAUGACACCCUCGUCGUUUAUGUCUGCUCUAACAACGGGCCCAAUGCCUUAUCGACCACCGGCAUCCUUUGAUUUACCGAAUAACAUUGGCAUGGUUAUGACUGUUCCCUAUGGCGCACCGAAUCCUCUACUUGCCACACCUACAUUUGGCGGUUUUCAACCGCAAUUCAAUGGUGCUGGCGGAUUCUCAUGCUGUUGUAACUACUGUACACCUUGCGCACAACCAUUACCACCUGCUAUCACUUAUUACCCACGUCCAGUAUCUGUUCCCCAACCAUGUCCUGUUCCAUGUCCAGUACCAGUUCCCAUUCCUAAUGUUCAGCAGGUACCAGUUCCCAGACCUGUUACUGUUGUUGCGCCGCCGAUCGUUGCUAGUUGUAAUCAACCUCUAAGCAUACCUGCUGGAGCACCAUUAUUGCCAUCGCAAGGUGGAUUUACACAAAACGGAUUUGGUCAAACAUUAGUCAUGCGGUCAAAUGAUUCAACAUCGGAAACAGCAUCGGUCACAUCUGAUCAGUCCAAGCGCGAAACACCCGUUCCGAAAACGGAUAAAGAUAUGCGUCGUAAGAGGGCCCAAGAAAUAGCUGCCAGUCUGUCUAAUCUUGGACUGAAUACUAGUGUAAGAACGGAAACGACCUCAAGUAGACGCAAAAAUCGACCGCACUCAAAAUACACUUCCUGUAACUUUGAUUCCUUAAACCUUUCGAAUGCAAAGGAUCUCUACGGUUCCGACUGGUUAACAUCCGAUGCGUUAGCCGAUAUUCUUAAUAAAUCCAAAUACAAUCGACAUAAGAAAUCAACUGUACGUCAUUCCCGCUCACAUCACCAUAAAAGUUCACUUCGAUCCGACCAUGAUUGUGCUGCUCGUCAACAGGAACAACUUGAUCUACUCACUUAG